AUGGCGCACCCUUGUCUACAACAAGGCGGCCGCACAGCGGCAGCGAAGGCGUCACAAACGCUGUGCGGUCACACAUUUUCGGCGGAACAUCAUCACUUUCUGUGCGCGAUAGCACAGACAAGAGGUUGGGCUGGCCGCGUCUGGGUCCCCGUUCCUGUCGUGGAGCGCCUCUCUCUCCCACUGGCCGACAGCCCAUUUACACCGGUGCGACUGGAGAGCUCUAACGGGAGCGUAUGUGUGUACCACAGCUCCCAGUUUGUGGAGCCGCUAGACGUCCUGCGAGAGCGGUGGAAGGCCCACGUGCGCGGCCUUGAAAACGCGGAGAAGGACCGCAACGCGGCGCUACUGGCAUCGCGGGCGGCGCCAGACGCACUUCCGCUGAGCACCAAUGGCGAGCGAUUUGACAGUGCUACGGAGGAGUGCAUGCUCCGUAUAAUGGGCAGCCGCGCGAACGCGAGUCGGUACUGGGCAACGGAGGCUGAGGCGAAGUGGCUGUAUCGCGCACCGUUCACAGACGCUCACCUCUCGAAUCCAGGAAACCGCGUCGUUUCUCACGCGAACGAGCUUUGCCGUCCCAUGGCGCUCUACAACGUGGAGGGCACUGUCGACCCUAGCCGCUUUACCCCGCUCACGUGCCGCCGUUACGACCCGGUGAAUUAUGCCGGUCGUUUCUACAGACCUGCGGUGGCGGUGCGCAUGAAGUCGUUCGCGCUUCAGUACAACUGUCUCCACGAGCAGCAGUGGAUCACACAGCACCGCGCGAUGCGCCUCGGACUUUCCAUACUGCCACAUAUUCCACCUCUUACUUUUUCGCUUGAUAUGCCACUUUUUCUUAUCAACAUUGGAGCCACGCACAGAACGAGCGCACCGGCGUCAAGGGUUUCACCCGCGAUAGCCGCGGACUGCAUUGUCACAUCAGAAGACGUCCUCGAGACACCUGAGCGUCAGUGCGAGAGAUGCUUGCUGCUACCAUCGCUUUCAUGA